AUGGCCAGCAAAACAGGAAGAACCUGGCUGGACUGCAAAAAUUCCCAGAUGGCAGAUCACUUCUUAAGGCUUGCGGUCAAGAGCCUGGAGACCCUCUACAACAUACUGACGUCCAGAGGUGAUGGAGCAGCUGACAUCACUUCCACCAAAGUGGAUGUGGAGAAGGAUCUGCUUCGAAUCCUCUCAUUCCAGGCGGAAUCGGCCAUAAGUCAAGGGAAUAACCACGAUGCUGUGGUGCAUAUGCAACGCUGUAAAGACAUGCUGCUGAGGCUGCCGAAAGACACUGCGUACCUCUCACUGCUGUGCUACAACUUUGGAAUAGACACAUACAGUAUGAGGAAGUUUGAGGACUGUGUGUUGUGGUUGAGCCAAAGCUACGAUAUUGGGAAAAUGAAUGUGAAAUAUGCACCUGGACCUGAUUUCCAGGCUAAAGUGUUGAGACUCCUCGCUACCGUUUAUUUUGAGUGGGACUGUCAGAGGUUUCAGGAGAAGGCUCUUAAUGCUGUCAACUUAGCCAACAAGGAAUUACCGAGCGCCUCCGGGCUGUACUUAAAGAUCAAAAUCCUCCUGAGAUGCCAAGCCUCAGACGAUCACGUCAGAGGAGGACUUGGACAGAUGCUGGAGUCUGAGGUUCCUCUUGAGGUGUGUCUGAGCACAGUGAAACUACUAAUGUCUGAAGACAGAGAAGUGCUGGCAUUUGAGUAUUUGAAACACGUGUGUCAGAGCUUCGAGACGUCCCCUGACCUGGGCAGUGCUCUUGUUCUGAACAUUGAACUACUGCUGCAGAGAGGCAAGGAGCUGCUGGGUAAACAGAAGAUAGAGGAUAUUAUCUCAGGCCACUAUACUGGAAAACAGCUUACACCGAAGGCCCUCACAAGUCUGCAUGUCAUACUGUGGGAUAAAGCAGCAAAGCAUUUUGAGGCCAAGAACUACUUGGAGGCUCUGCAGUGGUAUAACUACUCCUUAAGUUUCUUCAAGGCGGGCGAGAUGGAGCCCAACUUGGCCAAACUGCAGAGAAACAGAGCGUCUUGUUUUCUACAGCUCAAGCAAAUGGAGAAGGCCAAAGAGGCGGUUAAAGAAGCAGAGAGGUGUGAUCCUGACAACAUUUUCACUCAAUUCAGUGUUUACAAGAUCGCCGUGUUGGAGAACAAUGUGGAGAAAGCGACAGAGGCAGUGCACGCAAUAGGACGACUGUCCAGGUGUCCCGUGGCCCAUGAGGACAAACUGCUGGUUACUGAAAAUGCUGCGUCCAAUCUGCUCAGUCUGGCUGCUCAGAUGGCUUUGGAGAAUGAACAGCAGGAAACUGCCAUGAAGGCACUGGAGAGUCUGUGUGAACAUUCCAAAGACGGAGCUCAGGUUCUGACUGCUCUCAGGUGUUUGGUUCGGCUCGUGCUCUCCACGUUAGAGAAGUCGAGUGAUGAGACCCGGAAUGUGGGUCUGGAUACCCUGCUGCCCUAUUUAAAACUGGCUCUGCGAAACCUUUCACAUCAGUCUCCGCUGAGUGUCGAGCAACGCACAGACGAAGCUAACUGGUUCAGGAAGAUCGCCUGGAACUCUGCUCUGCAGUGUGAGGCCUGUCCUGACAGGAUGAGGGAUUUCUUUGUGCUCUCUUACCAGUUCUCCCAGUUGUGCCCUCAAGAUCGAACGCUGCUCAUCGGCCAGAAGACGUGUCUGCUAAUGGCCGCCGCCGCCUCAUUGGAGCUCUGCAGGAAGUCUCCUCACUCAGAGCAGACUGAGGAACUCACUCAGGCCCUGGAGUACAUUCAGAUCUGUUGGGAGGUUUGGAAAACACUGAAAGCGUCAGGAAGCUUUCCCAUGGACCCGACAGACACACUGUUGCUGCUGUAUGAGUUUGAAGCUCGUGCUAAACUGAACGACCCAAAGGUCGAGACAGUGCUCGAGUCUGUCCUGGAGCUCGAAAAUGUUGAAACCAAGGUGCUGGAGAUCAUUGCUGCCUUAUCCAUGGAGCCUCCAGCGCACUUUCCUGUGCUGUGUAAGAAGGCCUUGAGAGUCGCGCUCUCGCUGCACAAGAAACAACCACAAGCUGACCUGGACCGCUGCAGCAAGUGUGUUCACAGCCUGAUCAAGCUAUCCCUCCCGAGCGGCGUGUCAGAGGUGGAGGCCCACGUGCUCGACGAGGUGUGGGGCUACUACGAGGAGGCCCUGUCCAUCAUCGCAGCCACGAAGUCGGACGACUUCCCAGAGUCGGAGACCCUGUGGCUGCUGACUCGGGCUUGGAACACGGGAAUACUGCUGUACAGCCUGGCUCAGUAUCCCGAGGCUGAGAAGUGGUGUGGCCUGGCCAUGAGCUUCGUCUGCCACCUGGGAUCCAUGAAGGAGAGCUAUGAGACACAGAUGUCUGGUCUGUACAGUGAGGUCCUGGACAGGUUGGAUAAAGCCAAGACAAACUUCAUCACAGAGGAAUAAUUGAGUCAGUUCCACUCUGUUUGUUGUUUGUGGUAAAACGUUCAUCACAUGACAGAGUUUCUGAUUGAGUUGUGUAAAUGCAGGCUGUUCUAGUCACUUAGUGUUUAUAACACACUUCUGGUUUGAUGUUGGAUUCACUCUCCUGUCAAUAAAUUUUUUUUUCGUUUUUUUAAAAA